GGAACUUUGACCCAACUUUAAAAAGAAAAAAUUUGGGAUCAAUAAUUUCCAAAAGUCUAGGACCUUUGUUCGUUCGACUUCUUUCCUUUUUGAAAAACUAACAGAGAUGCAACUCUUUGACAUCAAUGCCAAAAAGCAAUUUGGUAAAAGUCUCAGAAAUGACUUCAUCAUGGCUGAUGAUUACACUCCCAUGAAUCACGGGUCAUACGGUACCUAUCCUAUUCAAGUUCAAAAGGCUCUUCGUGACUAUCAAGACCUUGCCGAACGCUCUAUAGAUACAUGGAUAAAGCGAGACAUGUACCCUGAGAUCUAUCGAGCCAAAGAAAAGCUUGGUCAGCUUAUCAGUUGUGACGCAGACGAACUGGCUUUCGUCGUUAACACUAGCACCGGUAUCAAUGCCGUUGCUAGAAGUCUCCGUUUUGAAGAAGGUGACAAAGUUAUAUUGUUAUCUACUAUUUAUGACGCCAUGGGCCGUACUCUACAGUACUUGAAGGAUACAAGAAAUGUCGAGUUGAUAAAGUUAGAUCCUGUAUACCCUAUAAGCGACGAUGAUUUAGUGGCUAUGAUCGAAGAUGCUAUCCUCAAAGAAGAGGCUAAAACUGGAGUCACUGGUGGAAAGAUCAAGUUUGCGCUCAUCGACGCCAUCACGUCCGUGCCUGGAGCGAUAGUGCCAUACGAGCGUAUCAUCAAGCUGCUGCGAGACCACAACAUCCUGUCGUUGAUAGAUGGUGCCCAUGCCAUUGGUCAAAUCGCAUUGAACUUACGGGAGGCUGACCCCGAUUUUUUUGUUACGAAUUGCCACAAAUGGUUGUUCACUGUCCGAGGUUCGGCAAUUUUGUAUGUGCCUAAGCGAAAUCAACACCUAGUGCAUCCAGCAACUAUUAGUGCUGCCUACAAAGAUCACUCUGAUGUGAACGACACAUCAAAUACUUUCCAAGCAGAGUUUAGCUGGCAUGGUACACAAGACUUUUCGCCCUAUUUGACUGUUUUUGCUGCCCUUGAGUACCGUGAAUCACUAGGCGGAGAGGAAAAGAUUCGUGAAUAUUGCUGGGGAUUGGCCCGACGUGGCGGAGCUCUGGUAGCCAAGAUACUGGGCACUGAUGUCCUUGAGAACGAAGAGAAGUCACUGACAGCACAGAUGGUCAAUGUGAGACUCCCUAUUGUUGCUCACGAUGGCGAUGGCUAUUAUCUGGAUCGCUUCAUUGAUGAGGGUGUCUACAAACACAAAUGCUUCGUCCCCCCUUUCAAACAUCAUGGCGUUUGGUACACUCGUUUAUCGGCCCAGGUGUACCUUGAUGAGAGCGAUUUCGAAAAGACCGGAUAUGCUCUUAAAGAGAUUUGCGCACAGCUCGAAAAGGAGAGACUUGAGGGCAAGAAAUAAAGAGCUGUUAUGAGCUGACAUACCUAUAGUUUUUUUAUUCAUUUUUAAUAUAAGAUUAUGACAUUUCAAAAGAGGGAGAUAUGGUAAUAAGGUACAUUAUAAUUUAAUGUUCAAUAAAGUUUACGAUGCACAAUGGCGUGCAUAGGAAUGAAGCGGUGAGGGUGGCUAAUAGUCGACCUACCAGUAGUCUAUCAGCAAAGGGAGGAAAAAUGGUGUUGUAAGCAUGUUCCGCUUGUCCCGCAGUAAGUCUUCAAGCAUAGAAUGAUGACUUCAGAUCGCUCGAAGAUCACAAGAAGGAUACAGGUAGGUAUGAUUUUCUUUAGAUAAUAAACA